CCACUACACCACGGAGACUGCCUAAUCUUGGCUAUAGUCUGGUAGGUACUGUACAUUCGAAGUGACGUAGGAGUCAUAUGACACGUGAAGUAACGUAGGCGUCAUGAAAUGCGUGACGUGAUAGGAGUCGCCUGCCCCGUGAAGUGACGUAGAAGUCACGUGAUAUCUGGGCGUGACUGGGUGUGGUGGCCGGGCUGCGGUCAGUCCGCUGGAAGCGGUCGAAGCGGGAGGAGCUCUUGAACGCUGAACCAUACAUGACCAUCGCUGGAGGUCCAGAGGUGUUUCCCCCUAGGAACCAUGGCAUCGUUUUCAACCGACCAACGCACAUCCAACCAGAAGAACGAGCCACUCCUGCAGGAAGACUCGCUUGAUGACCUUCUCUACACCGUCGAGGACUCGCCCCCGUGGUAUUUCUCCAUCUUCUUCGGCUUCCAGCACUACCUGACGAUGGCUGGAGGGACUGUGGCUAUUCCCAUCCUGGUAGCGUCGUUCCUCUGUAUGGCCGAGGAUGACCCGGCCCGCGGGGAGCUCGUCUCGACUGUCUUCUUCCAUUCUGGCCUCGUCACUCUCCUCCAGACCACCUUCGGCAUCAGGUUGCCCAUAAUCCAAGGCGGGGACUUCGCCUAUGUUGUGCCGACGAUUGCCCUCUUGACGACGGUGUACCAGCCCUGCGACGCUCUCCCUCUGGCGAACCUGACGGAGGCGGCGAGGGCGGAGGUGUGGCAAGUCCGGCUUCGCGACAUCCAGGGAUCCAUCGCCGUUGCCUCCGUCUUCCAGAUCAUCUUGGGCUUCACAGGGUUGAUCGGUAUGCUGCUGAGGUGGAUCACGCCUCUGGCUGUGGUUCCCACAGUCACUCUAGUCGGCCUCUCGCUCUUCGAUGUCUCGGCCUCCAAGGCGGCUCAGCACUGGGGCAUCUCCAUCUUGACCAUGGUGCUCAUGAUCCUCUUCUCUCAGUACAUGAACAACCUCCAGCUCCCGAUACCCAUUCCGACGGUGAACGGCACUUUUAGGAUUUUCAAAUCGCAGUUCUUUAAGUGCUUUCCGGUACUGACGGCGGUGUUCGUGGCGUGGUCCCUCUGCGCCAUCCUCACCACCUUCGACGUCCUCCCGGAGGGCUCCCCGGCACGCACCGACGCCACGGGCACGCUGCUGCUGAAGUCCCCAUGGUUUAGGGUCCCUUAUCCCGGACAGUGGGGGUGGCCGACGGUGCGGGCGGCGGGCGUGGUCGGCAUGCUGGGCGGCACCGUGGCCUCCAUCGUAGAGAGUAUCGGCGACUACUACGUCUGUGCCAGGAUCUCAGGUGCUGCUCCGCCACCAGUAAGUGCCAUCAACCGAGGAGUGGGCAUUGAGGGGGUCGGGUGCCUCCUAGCGGGGCUUUUGGGCACUGGCAACGGCACCACAUCCUGUUCCCAGAACAUCGGUGUCAUUAGCAUCACCAAGGUGGGGAGCCGACGGGUGGUGCAGUACAGCGCCCUCAUCCUCAUCGCAUCGGGGGUGUUGGGGAAGUUCGGGGCCGUGUUCGUGACCAUCCCGGAGCCGGUGAUGGCCGGGGUGUUCAUCGUCAUGUUCGCCAUGGUCACCUCCGUCGGCCUCUCCCCGCUGCAGUACGUCGAUCUCGGCUCCUCCAGGAACCUCUUCGUCAUCGGGUUCUCUCUCUUCUUCGGUCUGCUGCUCCCGAAGUGGGUGGAGAAGAACCCGGAGGUCAUCCAGACGGGGGCGCCUGAGCUGGACCAGGUCCUGGCGGUGCUGCUGCAGACGCCCAUGUUCGUCGGCGGCGCCCUCGGGGUGUUCCUUGACAACACCCUCCCUGGAACGCCGAGGGAGAGAGGACUGUUGGAGUGGAACAAACAAUGCCGAGGGAAGCACCACCGGGCGGGGGCCCAGGAGCUGAGGAACGCCUCUGCCUGCUACGAUCUCCCAAUCGGCAUGGAGACCAUCUCCAGGAUGAAGUGGCUUCAAUACCUCCCCUUCAGCCCGACUUUCGAGGGCUUCGGACGGGGGAAGCCAGGGAAAGUGCUCGAUGGGGAAGAAGAAGCCCUUUCCUGAAACCCUUGAAGUUCUCCACCCUCUCCUGGAAUCUGGGGGGCCUCUUGAAGUCACACACCACUUCCCCAUCCUGGGUUCUGGAAUAUUUGAUGUCAUCAAUCGCCCUGGAACGCUUGAGGUCAUCCAGAAUUUCGCUGAAGUUUGGAGUACUUUCAAGUUACACACCACCACCCCAUCCUGGGUCCAUUUAUACUUGAAAUCCAUCACACUGGAACCAGGAAAACCAAUUUUAAUCAUCCAUCACCCAGGAACCUGAAACUUAAUCUGAACUCACCUCAAGUUUGACUUGACGAAACUCACCUCGAGUUGGACUUGACGGAACUCGCCUCGAGUUUCACUUGGCGCCCUAUUGCCCUCACGAGUUGUCUGCAAACUCUUUGAGCGUAUGGUAAAUGUUCUUCUGAUGUGGUUCUUGGAACACCAUCACCACCUCUCUCCUUCUCAAUUUGGUUUUUGCAAGUGCCGCAG